AUGGUGAAGAAUAAAGCGUUGAUCCCUAUCCAGCAGGAAGCUGGGACCGUUCCUGUCGACUCCCAAAGCUCCUCGAUUCCGCCUUCUAUCUUCUUCAAACCAUCCAAUCUCCUCAAAGCAUCCGAGUCCAUUACGCGACCCUUCCGCAAACCAGCCUCCUUUCCACAGUUCAAUCGUCUGCCUAUGGAGCUCCGUUUUCAAAUAUGGGAGGCGGCCAUGAAACCUCGCGUCCACGAAUUGCAUCCUUGCUCCAAGCUCUACAACGAACGUAUGACCUUCCGAUCCAACAGCAGCCUCACCCCCUCGAUCUUCCAUGUCUGCUCCGAAUCUCGCAACAUAGCAUUACAACAUCACGAGCUGAUGGAUUACGCACCUCCUGAUCGCGGAAGGACUGGCAAGGGCAUACUGAGGUUCUACUUCAACCCCCAGCUGGACACCCUGCUACUGAACAGCCUCAUGGGCCUCUUUGUCAUGUUCAUGCUGCUCGAGGACGAGGAGGAGUUUCUAGGCUUGACAGGCCUCGGCGUUAUGAAAGGCUGGCAAAGGGUCGCAUUCGACGCCGAGCGAGCACAGCUCAUUACGCUUCUCUCUGGCUAUGCAGGGCACGCUCCCCAACCCCGCUUCAAAGCUGUGUUCCCGGCUCUCAAGGAACUCAUCAUUGCAUUCGACUGCAACUCCAAGGGAAAGACCCGCUUCCGCACCUCUGUCUGGCCGGGGGAGAACGGCACCAGCCUGCAUACGAUCCCCUUCCCAACCGAUCCGUCGGGCAACGAGCAGCCUGCACUCAGUCAUGCGCGCCAAACCAUAAUGGAUGUCAUGAUUGAUCCUAUGCAGAGAUACCUGGAGAAUGAGUUCAAGGCCGACAAGACGGGUGUCCCGAGCAUGGUCAUUGCAAAGGUCAAGAGAAAGCCAUUCCUCCGUGGGGAUCUCCGCUAUGCAUUCAGGAAGAGCUGUGCAGUAGUGGGGCUCAAGCCAAGGUGGGUUUUCAGGAGACUCUGA